CGGGGGAUCCUGGGAGUAGUCCUUUCCGGAACAACUCGUUUAGAGUCUGGGAUUAAGCUGGUGUUCCAGGCUCGGGUUCCAGGCCCAGAGGGGUAUUCCAGAACCUUGCUCGAAGAUAGGCUGGUGGCGGCGGCGACACUCUGGUAACAGCGGAGGGCGCAGCGGGCCCCGCACUGAGGUGCUGGGCCUCUUCGCGGAGCGAGCCGCGGAGCUCUAGGACGUAGAGGCGCCUCCUCCCUGUGUCUCAGCGGAACUGCUAAAGGAGCGGCAGCACAGGCCGGACGAGGUGAACCGGGUCAUUUAACUGCUUCAGGUGAUGAGUCAACAACCUAAUAAGCUGAUUUGAGGUCCACGGGCCUUUGUGGACAGCUUCCAGUGCAUGACUGGCGUAUCUCAAGGGCUACUGCAGUGACUGCUUACCCUUAAUAAACGUGAGCUCUUUUGCUCUUUGGCGUUAUUUCCUGUGAAGCUUUCAGGUUAGAAUUUCUUUCUCAGUCAAGAGGAAGGCUUUCACAUGAAAGUGUCUCUUGGUAACGGCGAUAUGGGUGUCUCUGCCCACUUGCAGCCUUGCAAGGCAGGAACCACACGAUUUUUUACCAGCAAUACUCACAGUUCGGUGGUAUUGCAAGGCUUUGAUCAGCUAAGAAUAGAAGGAUUGCUUUGUGAUGUGACCCUAGUACCGGGUGAUGGAGAUGAAAUUUUCCCUGUUCACCGCGCUAUGAUGGCGUCUGCCAGUGAUUAUUUCAAGGCUAUGUUCACGGGUGGAAUGAAAGAACAAGAUUUAAUGUGCAUUAAGCUUCAUGGGGUGAACAAAGUUGGUCUGAAGAAAAUCAUUGACUUUAUAUAUACUGCAAAACUUUCUCUUAAUAUGGACAGUCUUCAGGACACACUUGAAGCUGCCAGCUUUUUACAAAUUUUGCCUGUUUUGGAUUUCUGCAAAGUAUUUCUUAUAUCAGGAGUCUCUUUGGAUAAUUGUGUUGAGGUUGGACGAAUUGCUAACACCUAUAAUCUUAUAGAAGUGGAUAAAUAUGUUAAUAAUUUUAUCCUGAAGAACUUUCCUGCUUUAUUGAGUACUGGGGAGUUUCUAAAACUUCCUUUUGAACGGCUUGCCUUUGUGCUUUCCAGUAAUAGUCUUAAGCAUUGUACUGAACUUGAACUCUUCAAGGCUGCCUGCCGGUGGCUGAGGUUGGAAGACCCUCGUAUGGAUUAUGCCGCAAAAUUAAUGAAGAAUAUUCGAUUUCCACUGAUGACACCACAGGACCUCAUCAAUUAUGUGCAGACAGUCGAUUUCAUGAGAACAGAUAAUACCUGUGUGAAUUUGCUUUUGGAAGCUAGCAAUUACCAAAUGAUGCCUUAUAUGCAGCCAGUGAUGCAAUCAGACAGAACUGCCAUUCGAUCUGAUUCUACUCACUUGGUUACAUUAGGAGGGGUUUUGAGGCAACAGCUGGUUGUCAGUAAAGAAUUACGGAUGUAUGAUGAAAGAGCUCAAGAGUGGAGAUCCUUAGCUCCUAUGGAUGCUCCUCGUUACCAGCAUGGCAUUGCCGUCAUUGGAAACUUCCUUUAUGUAGUUGGUGGUCAGAGUAAUUAUGAUACAAAAGGAAAAACUGCUGUUGAUACAGUUUUCAGAUUUGAUCCUCGGUAUAAUAAAUGGAUGCAGGUAGCAUCAUUAAAUGAAAAGCGCACAUUCUUCCACUUGAGUGCCCUCAAAGGACAUUUAUAUGCAGUUGGUGGGCGCAGUGCAGCUGGUGAACUGGCCACAGUAGAAUGUUACAAUCCAAGAAUGAAUGAAUGGAGCUAUGUUGCAAAAAUGAGUGAACCCCAUUAUGGCCAUGCUGGAACAGUGUAUGGAGGCUUAAUGUAUAUUUCAGGAGGAAUUACCCAUGAUACUUUCCAAAAUGAGCUCAUGUGUUUUGAUCCGGAUACAGACAAAUGGACACAGAAGGCUCCAAUGACUACAGUCAGAGGUCUGCAUUGCAUGUGUACAGUUGGAGAUAAGCUCUAUGUCAUUGGUGGCAACCAUUUCAGAGGAACAAGUGAUUAUGAUGAUGUUCUAAGCUGUGAAUACUAUUCACCAACCCUUGACCAAUGGACACCAAUUGCUGCUAUGUUAAGAGGUCAGAGUGAUGUUGGAGUGGCUGUUUUUGAAAACAAAAUCUAUGUUGUUGGUGGUUAUUCGUGGAAUAACCGCUGUAUGGUAGAAAUUGUCCAGAAGUAUGACCCAGAAAAAGAUGAGUGGCAUAAAGUUUUUGAUCUUCCAGAGUCACUUGGUGGCAUUCGAGCUUGUACCCUCACUGUUUUUCCACCUGAAGAAAACCCUGGGUCACCUUCUAGAGAAUCACCUCUUUCAGCACCUUCAGAUCAUUCUUAGGUCUGAGCUGUAAUAAGUUUGAAGUGCAGUCAUGGAUAAUUUCAUACUUUCAAUUGUAUCUUGAUUGAUAAUUAUCACACAAAAACGUAACAUGUUAUUUGUCUUGUUUGGCUUAGUAUGUUUAUCAAAUGGUUAACAAGUGCAUUGUGAAAAUGUAUUGAACAUAUCUAGCUAUUUUAACAAAUGAAAAAUGUAGAAAAAAGGCUUAAGUUAGAUAUCUUUUUGUGGUGUUACAUAGUCAAAUUGUAGGUGACUGUAGUAAAUGUGUACUUAUGUCCAUUACGCUUCAAAGCUGAAAAUUUUUAUCUGACUGAAAAGCAUCAAUGGCGGCCACCUGGUCUAAUCUGAAAAAAUAAAAGGUUGUCAUGUAUUACUAGCUGCCCCCCUCCUUGCAUAGAGUGUUUCACAUAUCUGUCAGCUAUUUUAAUUGUGUGGCUGCACUCAGAAUAUAUGAAGUUUAGCUGAAUAACCUAAAGUCAGGAUUUGGAAUCUCUAAAGAGAAAAAGGAAAAAAAAUAUGUAUGCACAGUACAAAUACACAUGCACACAUAUGCAUAAGUACUUGUGUAUAAAUAUAUGUAAAAUUUUGAAAUUGAUUAGCAUUCCAGCUAUAGUAAAAUUUUUAACUUUUUUCUUCCACAGAACAGCUGUUUCUAUUUAAAUGGAAAUUCAUUAUCAGAAAAUGUCUGUAUAGUCAUAUAGAAUUUAGAUAGCUAAAGGCUACAGUAUAUUAAAUGGACAACCAGAUUUGUCAUGCGACUAAAUUGUUACUUCAGAUGAAGCUUAAUAUUACUUUUUCUGCUUGUAUAUUGUUUUUUGUAGAGUUGUUUUUGUACAGAUUAUUUACCAAAGUUCAAAUUUCAGAAUUGUUUCUGCUCAGUGAAUUUAAUUUUGCUUUUUUUGACCUUUUCAGCAACAUUUAUGAUACAAAAAAGGCAAAGAAAUAUUGUGAACAAAGAUAUAGGAUUUUAAGUUCAGUCUCCCAAUUUAGUAUUCUGACAUGAUUAUUUUGAAUUUGGGGUUGAUUGUUGUGGUGCUGUUCCAGCCCAUGUUAUAUCCUGAGCUGUGUAAUUUGCCUCAAGGCUAUGAUCUGAGCAAACAAGAGAUAUACUCUCUUCUGCAUCAAAUCAGAAAAAUGUCCUUUCAGUCCUGUCUCCAGGACAGGACCAACUUCAGAUUCCCUAAGAAGCCAGCUACAGAAAGGUUAGAACAGUUUUGUCUUGCAGUCAGUACUAAAAUAGAUCUUCAGCUGCUUCAAUACCAAGGGUUGAGAAUUAAUUACAUGGGGGAAAUUUUAUAGCAAUCUUACUAGCAAAUGGAAAUUAUAAGAGUCCUCUGUAAUGCGCGAUUCUAAAGAGGUGCUUUCAUGGAAUAAUUGUCUCCCUGAAGAAAAAAAAUGCAUAUAUGUAUAUCCCUGUAUCUGGGAGAUUGUCAAGAGUGUAAAUCAGGAUCUCUAUCCACAAUCCCAUAAUAAAACUCAGAAACAGAGGCAAAAGGAAUUGGCUUCUAGGGAUCUGAAUCUUACAGCCUAUUCAAGUAUUGAUUCAUUUUAAUGCUUUUUGUGAUUUCUGCAUUGGCAGAAAUUUUUACACUUUGUUUUUUUUAACAAUUCAGUUUUAUAUUACUAAAAAUAGUACAUUUGAGUACAUUUAGAAAAUAGAAAAAGUAGAAUUUGCUAUUAACUAUAUUGAAUAAGCAAGAAAUGACAUUCCAACCAUUCUUUGAUUAUUAAUGAGAUUGAAUAUUUGUGUAUUUUGUGUAGCUGUGUUUCUUCCUUGGUCAAGUGUUCAUGUCUUUUGCCCUUGUGAUAUCUAUUGGAGUUACUUUGUUUUCAUAUCAAGUUAUAGGAUCUGUUUAUCUAAUAAAUAUAAUUUAACUGACA